AUGGACAUUACCAAUGCGCGCUCGAUGGAGCUUUUGGCUCGUCUCGGCCUCGCGCAAAAGCUUCGGGAACAAGGCGUGCCGCAGCAAUACUCUCUGAAAUGCCUGUUCAGUACAGGACUAUCGGACGGGGGAGAAGCUAUCGCCGAAUGGGAUCUCCCCUCGCCGGAAAAAAUGUGGCAACAGAUCCACGAGAAGAAUGACGGGACGAUGCCCAGUCAAGCUUAUUUGCGUUGCUCGCAAAGCAUAUUCGAGGUCUGGCUCAAACCCAUUGUGGAAGCAGAGCCUUUGGUGGAGUGUUUUUCAGGAGUCAAAUUCGAAUCGCUCAACGAAUUGGAUGAUCGCGUAGAAUCGACCGUCACGAAGGUGGACGCCGGGGUUGAAUACAUCAUUUCCAGCCAGUAUGUGAUCGGCUGCGAUGGGGCAGGAAGUCGGGUGAGAAAGUCAGCUGGGAUCGAGCUCACUGGUACUCCAAUCUCCGUGCCGACGCUGCUGGUGCACUUCAAGUCCAAGGACCUGGAUGUCCUCCAUCGACAGGGACAGUUCUGGCACUUAUUCCUGUCUCAGGAUGCGGUCGUCAUCAAUCAGGACGAAAAGGAUACAUGGACAGUGCAUAUACCCCUGACGCCCGGCGCAGACGAAAACGAUCUCAAUCCGGAAGAGAUGGUAUAUGCCGCGCUUGGGGAUGCUGGAGCCCCACAAAAGUUCAAAAUCGACCAGAUCCUUGUCACCACACAUCAGAAUAUUCCAUUCGGGGGAUAUGGCAUGAACACGGGGGUGGGAGAUGCCUAUGAUAUCGGCUGGAAGCUAGCAAUGGCCCUCCACUCUCAAGGGGGUGAAGCCUUGCUAGACUCGUACGAGAUCGAGCGCCGCCCUGUUGCCCUUCGAAAUGUCGCCAUGUCCGGCCGCAAUGCGGAGGUCCAUUUGAAGUAUGUCACCUGGGUUCGCCAGGGUACUCCGGGUCUCGUCCGAAGUGAUACACUAGAGGGAAGGGAACUCCGUGAGCGCAUUCGGGCCCAUGUCCUCGCAAACGACGGGGAAAACAAGUCUCUCGGUAUCGAGAUGGGAUAUCGACACAGUGGGUCUCCUGUUGUUGUCUAUGACAGCAGACCCGAGAAGGAGCCAGAAUGGACUCCGCAAAGUUACCAUCCUUCCACAUGGCCGGGUGCUCGGGCGCCCCAUGUCUUCCUCAACGACGGUGUCACUGCGGUCUAUGAUCUCUUGGGCCCUGACUACACCCUGGUAGAUUUCACGGCGGAUGGUCUGAAUGCAAAGAUGUUUGCUACCAUCGCGGCUCAGCUCAAGGUCCCGCUAUCUACGGUUCAUCUUCCGGAUGACGCCCAUGUCCGUCAGAUCUGGGAACGGGACGCGGUUCUGUUAAGGCCAGAUUUGCACGUUUCCUGGUGCGGUGAUGGGGAGCAGCCUCCAGAGACAAGUGCAAUUGAAGAUAUCCUUCGGAUCAGCACUGGGAAAAGAUCAAUCACCUAG